AUGACGAAGCCGAGAUACUUGACCGAGGCCGAGCGGGCCAAGGUGCUUGAGUUCCAGGACAUGAUCCACUAUAGUCCGCGGUACCUGGACGACCUGGACAACUUCGAGUACCGCCACGUGAUGUUGCCCAAGAACAUGCUCAAGGCGAUCCCCCAGGACUACUUCAACCCGGAAACCGGCACGUUAAGAUUGUUGCUUGAAGAAGAGUGGCGAGGGUUGGGGAUCACCCAGCUGUUGGGGUGGGCCCACUACGAGACCCACGCCCCGGAACCCCACAUCUUGCUCUUUAAACGCCCGAUAAACUAUGGCCAGUGA